UCCGGGCCACCCACCCGACCGGUUGGCUGGCAGGACCGUGCCCCAGACCCGCCCUGGAGGGAGAGCGGCCGGACCGGUCCCCGCUUGAAGUACCCCGCGACCCCUCCGUGACGAGGCCCCGGGGGCCCUGCCUGCCCGACGGACAUGCGUCUCCCAGCGUGGACGCGACUGCUCCCGGCCCUGCUGCUGGCGGCCGGGGCGGUUGGCCCCGGGGCCGGACUGGAGCCGAUCCGCUACAAGCCCCAGGUGUCUGCUCAUCCCCUCGAGGGCAAGGUCACCGCCACCACCUUCACCCUCGACCAGCCGCUUUGCGUCUUCGACGGCCAAGUCGUCUCGACCGACGCCAUCUGGUUGGUGGUGGCUUUCAGUAAUGCCUCUCGAGAUUUCCAGAACCCGACGACAACGGCCUCCAUCCCCGCCUACCCCAGGCUGCUGACUGACUACUCUUACAUGACGCUGAAGGGGUCUCCCGAUCUGUAUCCGUGCGCCGAGGCCGGGGGGCUCGCCGUGCUCCGGGUGGGCACCGAUCCGGGCUGCCUCCAAGACCGGGGCGGGCGGUACUGCAAUGCCCCACUUCCCGCCCCCGGGCCUUAUCGAACCAAGUUUCUCGUGAUGGAUGAGGCGGGUCGCCCCAAGGCAGAGACGCAGUGGUCUGAUCCAAUCACCCUCAAACAAGGGCGGGACCCCAGCUCCGUGGACACUUGGCCGGGCCGGUGUAGUGGCAGCAUGGUCAUCAUCACGGCCGUCCUGUCCGUCCUCGCCGGCCUCCUUCUGCUUGGACUCCUCACCGCCGUCGCCGGAGCCUGUACAGCCUCCAGCCUCUGGAGGCCCGAGGAGGCCAUGCCCCGAGAGCAGCUGCGCCUCGGCUCCUUCCUGGCCAAGCGCUACAGUCCACAUCCCCUGCCCCCCGAAAGGGCCCGCGUGCUCUCCGCCACCCGUGACCCCUACGGUGGGCACUAGAGAUGGACCCACCCCCACCAUCAUCUGCAGGCCCAGAGCCCCUCCACAGGGGCUUGGCUGUGCAAACCUCCCCACCCCUGAAGGGGGGAUGCCAAAAAACGGGGGGAAAUCAGAGUGACACCCGGCUGAGUCACAAAGACCACCCUCUGCACCUACACCCCCAACUCAGGGACCAGGAUGGGGGCAUUCCCCAGCGGAACCCCCCAUUUUGGUCUCAGCCUGGCACCCCACCUGGCUCUCAGGGCCCCUGAAGAGACUGCAGAAGGGUGGGGAGGUGACGAGUAACCCCCCUCAACCUCCCCCCACCUCAAAGCUGCGGGACCCCAGGGUGGUCCAGGCCCCCUCCAAAGAGGCAAGGUGGUGGCUACGGGAAAGACGAGCUUUUAGCCCCAGAGAA